UGGUUUAAUUUAGUUGACAAAAUCUCAAUUAUCAAAAACAAAUUCAAAUAUUUUAUUUAAAUAAACAAAAACAUGGAUUUUUCACGCAAAAGUCGCCAACGUAUUGAAAGGAAACCCCAAAUAGAUGACCUUGAAAUCCGCUAUCCGUGUAAUGUUCUCCUUUACAAAUAUCCCCCAACUGAAGGUAUAAAAAUUCAAGAGUUUGAAGAGCUCGCGCUUGAACGCCUGAAAGUUCUGCGAAUAUUCGAUGCUGCGAAUUUAAAAAGUCUUCGAUGUCUUUCGGACGAUUGGAAAGAAUAUGUCAAUACUGAAUUGAACAGAGAAGGACUCAAGGGAUAUCUUCGUUUAUUCACAGGCGGAUCUACAGGAACAAAGAAGGAAAUUGAUUUACAAGCUCGCCGGCGAGAUUACAUAUCUCAUUUUAUUUUACGUCUUGUAUAUUGCCGAACGCAAGAUUUGCAAAGAUGGUUUAUGAGAUGCGAAAUGGAAGUCUUCAGAUACAAAUUCAGUCAACUGGGUAGCAACGAAAUCAAACAAUUUCUGGAUAUAUCAAAUCUCAAAUACACACCUCUCACCGAAGAUCAAAAAGAUGAAGUCAAAGAUGGCUUAUACGAAAGCACCAUGGGACAGAGUGUUACCAAAAUCGAAAUGCUGGACUUCUACAAAGUCCACUUCACCGAGGUGUUGGAUUUGAUCAAAUCACGUCGAUGUUACCUCAAAGAUGGGUUCGCCUAUGUGAAUACUCAUGAUUUCGUAUCAAUCAUUGGUGUGAAGCAACAAGACGAAAUCGAACGUGGUCUCCAAUCGGCAAGUAAACUAAUUGUCGACCUCGAGAACGAUGAACGUUUGCUGCAUCUUCUCAAAUCGCUACACACAACUUAUACUGGUAAGGAUUAUGCCCUCGCGAACAGUUCUUCGGUCCCGAUAGAAGCACUCGACCAGCUUUCGAAAAAAUCAUUUCCUCUAUGUAUGCGAGUGGCACAUGAACAUCUACGGACAACACAUCAUCACAAGCAUUCUGGACGAAUGCAGUUCGGUUUGUUCCUCAAGGGAAUCGGUGUUACACUGGAAGACUCGAUACGUUUUUGGCGUGAAGAAUUCACUAAAAAGAUGGAUGUGGAAAAAUUCGAGAAGAGCUAUGUCUACAGUAUUCGCCACAAUUAUGGUAAGGUUGGUUCUAUGGUCAACUACACCCCCUAUUCGUGUAUGAAGAUUAUCCAAGAAAAAGCUGGAGGACCUGGUGAAUGUCAUGGAUGUCCCUACAAGAUUUACGAUCCAUCGGCAUUGAAAAUGAAACUAACUGGCUAUGGGGUUGGAGCGGCCCACGUUCAAGAUAUAAUGAGUUAUGUGGCCAAGGGGCACUUUCAAUUAGCUUGUGGCAAAUACUUCCAAAUCACUCACGACUCGAAGAUAGAAGUAGGAAUAAAUCAUCCCAAUCAGUACUUUGAAGAGAGCCAAAAGUUGAUGGGAAAUCGUGAUGGGGGUCCGACCGCGGCAGCAUUACCAGUCAAGAAAACAUUCAAACGAAAAAAGGAGGAUGCAUUUACCGAGGCAGAUGAUGAUGAACUGUGGUCCAUUGCAGAGACUCAAGAAACAGAGUACAGUACCCAACAAGAGAAGACAGCGUGGGAUGAUGACCUAGAUUUGACCCAAAUUGAUAGUUUCUAAGAAUACCAUAAUUGUAUAUUUGUAAAAACAAGUUUUUUCCCAUCUUUAAAUAUAUAAGUUAAGUAGUUAGAUAACAAUCUAU